AUGGAUCAAACCAGAAGGCUCGCGAAGCGCACAUUUGCAGUAAUAUUGGAUCCAGCCAUGACGACCCAGAAAGACUUUUUUAGUACAAGAAAAAAUUUAACACACCAGCAACAAAGUCGCGAUAAUCCGAUCUGCCAACUUUACACAGAAAACUGUUUUUCGAACAGCAACAGCACAGAUGAGAUGAAAUAA